CGCGAAAACUUCAAUACUCUUCAAACAGGUUCCAGAAUGCACAAAAAAAGAUAAUCGAUUUCCUGCUGACCACUACGCCUAUGUAAAGAUUCAAGUUAUGAGAAGAUUGGAAGAUAACUGAAUUCAGUAGUAUUCGUGUGUUGUUGAAGCUAGAAUAAUGUGUCCGUGAAUAUGUUGAACUUGAAGUAUUUUGGUGUUAUUUUGAGUGUGGUCGCAGUAUGUGAGGGUGCCAGUGAGUAUGUAGGUGUAGCAUGCAGUAAUUCUGGCCAAGCAGGCGUUUGUAAACGUGUGACGGACUGUCCACCUGCAGUUGAUAUGUUAAGAAGAUGGCACACUCACGAUUUUAAGCGAUGUGACUGGGAUGACAAAAUUGAGGUGGUUUGUUGUCCCAAUGUAACAAGUAGAGGUCCAGAAGACAAAGAUGAUGGAGACAAGGAGAGUCAUGGUCAUAGGCCACAUCAUAAAGAUACUCACAAGCAGAAUAGAUUCUCCAAGAGGAAAUGCGAACAAGCUUGUGAAGAGAUCAAGAAGCAGGCAUCUUGCGUCCAUUUUAAUAUCAUCAACGGUGAAAACGCAUUACAGGAUGAAUUUCCACACAUGGCAGCUUUAGGUUUCGAUCGAAAUGGUACAAUCGCCUGGGACUGCGGCGCAUCGGUAAUCUCCAACAAGUUCCUCCUGAGCGCGGCACACUGCUUCAUGUCCAGCGUCAUACCAACCAAGGUCAGGCUGGGAGUGUUGAAGAUCACCGAAACCGCAAACGAUUUGAACAUCAAGCAGUACAAAAUACACGAUGAGUACGAUUACAGUACGAAGUAUAACGACAUAGCCUUGAUAGAAGUCGAGCAGAAGAUUCAGUUUUCCGAAAGGGUACGCCCAGCGUGCCUGUAUUGGAAUAAUGGCGACCCAGAGGACGAAAUGUGGGUCAUUGGGUGGGGAAAAACCACUAUAGAUCAAGAAGACGACAAGACCGUAACUCUCCAGAAAGCAAGGGUGUCCGCCGUUUCAGUGAGUGAAUGCAACAGCACAUACAGAGACAGAACGAUGCGUACCAGAACCAUUCGGUCUUCUCAGAUUUGUGCUAUCGGAAAUAGUACAGAUGCUUGUGGGGGUGAUUCAGGAGGCCCACUACAGGUCGAAAAUAAAGACUGCAGUUUUUCUAUAGUGGGAGUGAUAUCGUACGGUAUGGGAUGUGGAGGAGUAGUGCCAGCUGUAUAUACGAGGGUGUCGAGAUAUAUAGAUUGGAUAGAAAAGCAUGUAUGGCCGUAGAAAUAAAAAACAGUUUUUUAAAA